AUGGGGGGAGUUAUAGAGAAAGUUGUAUCUCCACAGCAAGGUGAUUUUAUCAAAGGGAGGAAUAUUCAAAAUCAAAUAGUGUUAGCUUCUGAAUUAAUAAAUGAGAUGGAGACAACUAGAAGAGGGGGUAAUGUUGGUUUGAAACUUGAUAUUACACAUGCAUAUGACUCUCUCAGUUGGGACUUCUUAUUUCAAGUUAUAUACACAUUUGGUUUUUCAGCUAAAUUCAUUCAAUGGUUACUAGUACUCUUUCAGUCUUCUAGAAUAUCAGUCAUGGUAAAUGGAGGCCUAGCUGGUUUUUUUCCUAUUGGUAGAAGUUUGAAGCAAGAUAAGAGAAACAUUGGUAAGCUAAUAAAACUCUUGAAGGACUAUCAACAAUCAUCUGGUCAAAUAGUGAGUAUGGAAAAGAGCAAAUGCUUUGUAGGUGGCACUUCUGAAGCUAGGAAAAAUCUAAUUGCAGAAUAUUGUGGUAUGUCCUUAUCUAAAUUUCCUGAUAAAUACUUGGGUGUUAACUUGGUUCCUGGGAAAAUUAAAUCAUCUCAUGUAUGGGAAUGUGUGGAAGCAUUACAAAGUAAAAUGCCUGGCUGGAUGGGUAAAAUGCUGUCAUUUCAAGAAAGAUUAAUAUUGGUGAAACAUGUAUUAUGUAGCAUACCAAUUUAUAAUAUGUCAGUGUAUAAAUGGCCUAGGAAAGUCUUGUUAGCAUGUGAUAGAAUAAUCAGAAACUUUCUUUGGUCAGGUGAUCCAUCUAAGAAGAAGUUAUUGACAGUAAAAUGGGAAGAAGUAAAUGCUCCUUUUGCAGAAUGA